CUUUUGUUGUAAUAUCGGAAUUCCGGCAUUAACAAAAUCGGAAUAAAGAAAGAGAGAGAACCAAAUUUCCACAUAAAAUCAAAACCCUCUCUCUCUCUUUCUCUCCAAUUUCCUCUUUUCUCUUCGAACCAUUCCGAAUGUGCACAAGUUGUUGUUGAAGAGUAGUGGUUUUUAAAACUGCAAAAUGAAUGAUGGUAGACAAAUGGGGGUGCAUUACGUAGAUGCUGGCUUUCCUUAUGCUGUUAAUGAAGGCUUUUCGGAUUUCUUUCAAGGCCUCACACAUGUGCCAGUGAAUUAUGCCUUUGCAGGGUCAAUGCCUGAUCAGGAAAGUGUCUAUUGGUCAAUGAACAUGAAUCCUUAUAAAUUUGGAUUGUCUGGCCCUGGGAGUACAUCUUAUUAUAGUUCUUAUGAGGUAAAUGACCAUUUGCCAAGAAUGGAGAUCAACAGGGAUGAGUGGGAAUACCCUUCAGUAAUGAUCACUGAGGAAUCAGCUACAGCAGAUUCUCCACCUAGAAGAGAUGGAGUCACAAGCAUGCAGACUAUCCCUGAAGAAUGCAGUCCAAAUCAUCAUGAGUCCAAUAGUAGCCAGGUCAUAUGGCAAGAUGACAUUGAUCCCGAUAAUAUGACUUAUGAGGAACUACUAGACCUAGGGGAGGCAGUUGGAACACAAAGCCGAGGCCUUUCCCAAGAACUUAUUAAUAUGCUUCCAACCUCAAAAUACAAAUUCAGUAGCUUAUUCAAAAGAAAAAAUUCGGGGAAAAGGUGUGUAAUUUGUCAGAUGACAUAUAGAAGAGGCGACCAGCUAAUAAAAUUGCCAUGCAGCCAUGUUUAUCAUGGUGAAUGCAUUACCAAAUGGCUCAGCAUUAACAAGAAAUGUCCUGUUUGCAAUAUCGAGGUGUUUGGUGAGGAAUCAACGCAUUAGCAUCAACAUGGCAGAAAGGACCUUUCCUUGCUCUAUUAAUUUUUGCCCCUCCUCAUCUCUCUCUCUCUCUCUCUCUCUCUCUCUCUCUCUCUAAGUUUAAAUUUCUUACACUUAGGUAGGUGUAGUAUGAAGAACUGUGGCACUUGUCACAUAAUACAUGUUCUGUUUACUAGAAACAACCAAACAUAGUCGCAUCUUCCAAGUGGUUAAUGUGUGAUCUUGUGUAACCGUGCUAUAUAUUAUCUUUAAGCUGUGUACCUUUGAUAUUUAGGAUUUGGGAUUGAGAAAUUUGCUUCCCAGCCAUUGAUUAUCAUAAGAUGUUUUGGGAUUUGGGAAUGAA